CCACAAUCUUCUUUCGCGCGUCAGGAUACGAGGAGGCUUAAAGGAGAGAACAAAACACACAACUGCUCACACCUACAUAGAAACCCAGAAUGGAGCGAGUCUCUUGGACACUUUUGCUACUUUCCUCCGCGGUGGUUUUGUCCGGAUCCGCGCAGGAGUUCGGCGCCACGCAGUUCGUGUGCACGUCGGUGCCGAAGGACGCGGACCUUUGCGCGGCCACGAUGCAGAACAGCGCGCCGGCGGAGGACCUGAAGAGCACCGUGCUGCAGCUCCGGGAGACCGUCCUGCAGCAGAAGGAGACCAUCAUGAGCCAGAAGGAGACCAUCCGAGAGCUGACGGGGAAGCUGAGCCGCUGCGAGGGCGCGCAGGAGGACGGAGGAGCCGCGCAGAAAGCCGGCGGACGCAGGAAGGAGCCGGGCAAGAACACCAUGGGGGACGUGUCCCGAACGCCCGGGGACACACUGGCGCAGCUCGGGCUCACUUUAGCCACGCUCAAACAGAGGCUGGAGAACCUGGAGCAGUACAGCCGGACGAACGGCUCGGUGCAGGCCAACAGUCUGAAGGAUCUACUGCAGAAUAAAAUCGAUGACAUGGAGAAGCAGGUUCUGUCCCGAGUCAACACGCUGGAGGAGAGUAAAGCAGGAACGAGUAACGACACGGAGCAGCGCAACCGCGUGGAGUCAACACUGAGCACACUACACCACCGAGUCACUGACCUGGAGAAAGGUCCUAAAGGCAGCAGACCCGGUGAUAAUUUCCAGCUGACGUUCCCGUUACGCACUAACUACAUGUACGCUAAAGUGAAGCGCAGUCUGCCGGAGAUGUACGCCUUCACGCUGUGCCUGUGGAUCAAAUCCAACGCCUCUCCCGGAGUGGGAACGCCGUUCUCCUACGCCGUGCCGGGACAGUCCAACGAGCUCGUGCUCAUCGAGUGGGGCAACAAUCCCAUGGAGAUCCUCAUCAACGACAAGGUCGCAAAACUGCCCUUCCUGAUAAACGACGGGAAAUGGCAUCACAUCUGCAUCACGUGGACGACACGUGACGGCGUUUGGGAAGCGUUUCAGGACGGCGUUCUGCGUGGAACCGGAGAGAACCUGGCUCCGUAUCAUCCCAUCAAACCCAACGGAGUUCUGGUCUUGGGCCAGGAACAGGACACGUUGGGCGGCGGAUUUGAUGCUACGCAGGCGUUUGUGGGCGAGCUGGCGAAUUUCAACGUGUGGGACAAGAAGCUGACGUCUGGCGAGAUCUACAACCUGGCAACCUGCAACAGCCGAGCACAAUCCGGCAACGUUCUGUCCUGGUCCGAGUCGAACAUCGACGUGUUCGGCGGCGCCACCAAGUGGAUUUUCGAGCCGUGCCGUCAGCUCAACUGAACUGCCAUGGAGAAACGAGAAAUAAAAAAAGAAAUAAUAAAUAAAAAACAGCGCCGAUCCGAGAUGCGAUAUUUCUAAAGCUUCUGUCCUUACUUGUCUUCAUUUUGACGUUGAUUUUAAAAAAAAAAACGAAAAAACAAGAACGGUACCUGAUGAACUGAAUAAGAGCACAGAUUUCUAUGAAUUCUUACAUAUUUGUGUGCGAAACAGAAAAAAAAUUCUUCUCAGUCUUGUCAGUCUUGAAAACUUUUUCCUGUCGUAUGUUUUGAAAACCGUAACACUGGCUUUGGUUUUUUGAACUUGGAUAUUUUUUUGUUUUUGUAUUCUUCUUCUCAAAUCGCACUCAGCUUUUUUUUUUUUUUAAAUUAGCUUUUUCUCGGUUUGUCUCGGAAAGGAAGCUGGAAAGACGUGUCAAAGAUUGAAAAAUUUUAAAAAAAGGAAAAAAAAAACGA